AUGGCUCAAGAAGCAGUAAGAACGGCCACACCAGCCUUGUCACCAAGGCCCCAGAAGUAUUUAGAACGGCCAGACCAGCUUUGCUACCAUGGCCCAAGUAGUGAAAACGACCACCCCAGCUUUGUCAGCAAAGGGCCCAGAAGCAGUGAGAACGGCCACCCCAGCUUCGUCACCAAGGCCUCAGAUGUAUUAAGAACAACCAGACCAGCUUUGUCACCAAGGCCCCAGAAGCACACCAUUUGCGAAUCUGAUGACGACAAUGAUGGCUGGGGAGAUGAUAAGAAUGAUCAAAGUUGGCAACCACCUGACAACGAUACACAUGAAGAAAGUAGUAGUGAUAGUACCAGCGACAAUGAUGAUGAUCGCCCUUUAGCUCAGCUAAAUGCAGAGAGCCAGCGGAAGAAAAUUGUUCGUUUGAAGACCAGUUAUACCUUUUCAAAGGACAAAUUUGUACCUGUUGAUUCUGACUUUGUACCAGAACAAAUUACGCCAGACCCCUCUAGUGACCGCACACCUUACGAAUACCUAAAGCUGUUCAUAACUGACAAGAUGAUUGAAGACUUGACUGUGGAAACAAAUAAAUAUUCUCUAGAAAAGUUUGGGGAAGAAUCUAAGUUUGCAACAUCAGAGAUUGAAAGUUUUAUUGGGAUAUAUUACAGUAUGGGAUUGGUGAAAAUGCCCAAAAUUGCAGAUUACUGGAAAAUUGGACUGAGAUACCCAUCCAUAGCAGAUGCUAUGAGCCGAAAUCGCUUCCAAAAAAUCCUGGCAUCACUCCACUUUGUGGAUAACAAUACUGUCACAGAGGAAUUAAAAGAAGACCGCGUUUGGAAAAUAAGGCCGUGGAUAGAGAGUCUGCGAGGAAAUUUUGCACAAGUGAGUAAUACAGAAUUCCAGUGUGUGGACGAGAUUAUGAUCCCUUUCAAAGGAAGAUCGCUUCUACGUCAAUAUUUGCCCAAGAAACCCAAGAAAUGGGGGUUUAAGCUAUGGGGCAGAUGUGAUGCAAGUGGUUUCUUACACGAUUUCAAUGAAUGGAAUGUUGUCUUGCAGUUGUGUAGCUCAUUGGAGCGCGAUCGCGGCUACAAAAUAUUUGCCGAUAAUUAUUUCUCAAAUUUCAACUUGGCUGUUGAAAUGAAAAACAGGGGAUUUCAGUACACAGGCACAGUCAACAAAAACCGCCUACAUAAUGCACCACUAGAAUCUGAUAAGGACCUUGCUAAAAGAGGGCGUGGGUCGUACGACACCGUUACUCUGAAGGAGGGGGAUUUAGCCCUUCUGAAAUGGCAGGACAAUAAGACUGUUACAAUGAUGUCUACCUAUCUAAGUGCAGAACCCCUUACUAAAGUGAAACGUUAUGACCGGGCACAGAAAGCACGCAUUGAAGUUGAUCGACCAGCAGUAAUAACUGUCUAUAACAAGAAUAUGGGUGGGGUAGACCUGUUGGACAUGAUGUGUACUCUCUACAAACGCCAAAUCAAAGGACGAAGAUGGUACCUAUACAUUUUUUACCACACUUUGACCAUCUGUGUGGUAAACAGCUGGUUCCUGUAUAAACGGGAUUGCCAAAUAAAUGGAGUUGGGAAAGCCCUCCCACUAAAGGUUUUCCAAUCCCAGAUUGCUGAGGUUCUUACAAAGAAAGGAAAGCCUGCGCGGCCAGUAGGACGACCAAGCCUAAAUUCCCCACCUCCGGCAAAACAGAGAGCUUACGCCGCAGCAAAUCAACCCGAUGUAUGGUAUGACAAUUACGACCAUUUUCCCAUGGCCCAGCCAAAGCGUAACCGUUGUCGGUAUUGUCCCAAUGGAUACACCCAGUGGAAAUGUGGCAAGUGCAAUGUGUUCCUGUGCCUUUCUCCUGGAGCCGAGCCUCGAAACUGCUUCCUCGCAUACCACAAAAAAUAA